GCAAUCUUGCUGAGUGGUGUGCGAAAUUACUCGAAAAACCCACAAAAAUGGCUGAGCCUGACUGGGAUGCCGAGGAUUUUGAACCUCAAGUACCUGCACCAGUUGCUACUGCCAUUAUUUCAGAUAAAUGGGAGGGUGAGGAUGAAGAUGAACCUGUAAAGGAAAGCUGGGAAGAUGAAGAAACAGAACCUAAGCCUGUUGAAACCAAAACAGCACCCACAUCUACAAAGAAAAAGUCAAGUAAAAGAUUAGAAGAAAAAAUAGCAGAAAAAGAAAAAAAAACCAAACAAGAAGCUGAAGCCAGAAGAAUGUUACAAGAAGCGAAUAUGACACCAGAAGAGAGAAUAGCAGAGAAGCUUCGGAGACAAAAACUAGUUGAAGAAUCAGAUUUUGAAAUGGCAAAAGAAACCUUUGGUAUCACAGGUACAUUACCUGCAGAAGGAAGCAUAGAUCAAGCAAACCCAUCUUCAAAAGAAGAGUUUGUAGAAUUAAAAAAUAGUUUGUUGAAAAAGCUACAGUCAUUUUCAAGUAAAGCACCCUACAAUGACUUUAUAGAAGACUUAAUCAAAGAUAUCUGCAUUGGAUUGGAAGUGGAUGUCCUUAAAAAGGUCAGCUUAACUUCAAAAUCUCUGCAUGAAGAAAAACUUAAGAUGGUAAAGGCUGCAACGAAAGGUGGAAAGAAAGGAAAAGCAAAGGUCACCUUAAAAAUGGACAAAGGAGUAGUUGACAACUUCGAUGAUGAUUUCGGUGGUGGAGACUACGACGACUUCAUGUAGGGUCCAACUGGUUUUCUUUUGUUUUUGACGGCAAAGGUUUAUUGGUGAAAUAAAUGUAUGAUUUUGCCAUA